UUCAUUUCGUGUCCAUUCUUUCGUCCAAACGUACCAGUUAUGUAUACAUAGUUAAAUACUACGUAUAUAUUAUAAUGGAGAUGUAUUCUUAACCGUCCAUUUGAAGAUGACGACCAGCGGCUUUGACGCCUCGCUACUCUGCUCAAUCGGCUCCUUCUCCACCGCCGGCGAAUUCAAAUUUCCCGCCAAAACUCGUCCGACGGUCGAAUCUGAACGCAAAAGAACCAUCAGAGCUUCUUCAUCCAUCAACAGCCAUGAUUCAAAUAAAAAUGGUGUUUGUGCAUCAUAUGGAAGGAGAGGACUUGUAAUUAUGGCUUCAGUACCAUUUCUUCUUCCACUGCAUAAAUCAACGGAGGGCUUUGUUGCUGAUGCUGCAGAUGAAUAUUUUCUUAUAAAAGAAGAGGUAAGGAAGGUACUAUCCAAAGGCAAGGCUGCUGGUGUUCUUCGUUUAGUAUUUCAUGAUGCAGGAACCUUUGAUAUGGACGAGAAUUCAGGUGGUAUGAAUGGCUCUAUAGUUUAUGAACUUGAUAGAUCGGAAAAUGCAGGCCUUAAAAAAUCUCUGAAGAUUCUAGAGAAAGCAAAGAGUGAGGUGGAUAUAUUGCAACAAGCAGUAUCAUGGGCAGAUAUGAUUGCUGUGGCUGGAGCUGAAGCUGUUUCUCUAUGUGGAGGUCCGAAAAUUCCAGUUCGAUUUGGCAGAGUAGAUUCAAUGAUACCUGAUCCUGAAGGGAAGCUUCCUCAAGAGUCUUUAGAUGCUUCUGCUCUAAAACAGUGUUUUCAAAGAAAAGGCUUGUCAACACAAGAACUUGUUGCAUUAUCUGGUGCUCAUACUAUUGGAGGUAAAGGUUUUGGAAAUCCAACAGUCUUUGAUAAUUCAUACUACAAAAUUCUCCUUGAGAACCCGGGGUCUUCUUCAGCUGGCAUGUCAAGUAUGAUUGGGCUUCCUUCAGAUCGCGCGCUAGUUAAGGAUGAUGAAUGCAUAAGGUGGAUCUCAAAGUAUGCCGAAAACCAGGAUAUGUUCUUUGGAGAUUUUAGGAACGCCUAUAUCAAACUUGUGAAUUCUGGUGCAAGAUGGAAAAAUUCAUAAUAAAUUCUUAGAAGCAUCACUAUGUUGUCAGCCCUAAAAUGCUGCAAUCCUGGUAAGACUGAUUAUGCUUUUCCCUAAUUACUAAAUACAAUUAUAAAUGUAACUAUCAUUCUUGGUAUAGUGAUUUGGAUUUCUCUUCUUUUGCCCAAAGAGAUACUAAGGACCAUUAUUGACAAUGAGAAAGUGAUUCAUCAACUGUUAUCUAUUA